AUACCGGAAUGGAUGGGGCCGCACCCCGUAACUCGACAGCACCGCUGCCCACAAGAACCGUCCCCGGCUGUCCCCAGGGAGUUGCCCCUUGCCUGACCGGGCCGUGCUGCGGCCCUGCCCGCGAUCGCACCGGGGSUCGCGUCCCCCCCGUCGGGGCUGCCCCGGCCUCACCUCCCCGCGGCCUCCCACCGCCAGGGGGCGCGCGUCACCUGGACCAAAGGCGCGCCGCUCUCUCUCGCCGCUCCGACCAAUCAGCGCGCGGCGUUUCGGCGGGAAGGCGGAAGUGGCGCUCCGGGGGCGCGGCCAUGGCGGAGGCGCGGCCGCUGCGGCUCCUGGCGCUGCACGGCUACCGGCAGAGCGCCCUCCGCUUCCGCCAGCGCACCGGCGCCCUCCGCAAGGUCCUGCGCGGCCGCGCCGAGCUGGUGGCCAUCGACGCGCCGCACCUGUUGCCCGCCGGCGCCGAGGACGACCCCGACGGGGACGAUCCCCCCCGCGGCUGGUGGUUCUCCGGGCCCGGCACGUUCGAGGCGGGGGAAGCGCCGGCGGCUCCGGUGGGGCUGGAGGAGUCGCUCUCAGCCGUGGCGGCGGCGCUGGCGGAGCACGGGCCCUUCGACGGGCUGCUGGGCUUCAGCCAGGGCGCGGCGCUGGCCGCCAUGGUGUGCGCGCUGCGCGCCCGCGGCGACCCGCGCUUCCCGGUGGCCUUCGCCGUGCUGGUGGCCGGGUUCGCCAGCCGCGCCCCGGCACACGGACACUUCUACCGGGACCCCAUCGCCCUGCCCACGCUGCACAUCGUGGGCGACACGGACGCCGUCAUCGCAGCGCCCCUCAGCAGGGAGCUGGCGCGGUGCUUCGUGGAGCCGGUUGUCCUCAGCCACCCCGGCGGGCACUUCAUCCCCGCGGCUGCGGCGCAGAAGAAAGCCUACCUGGAAUUCUUGGAACGCUUCUGCCCCGGGCAGGGCCAGACCGAGUGCCCAUGGAGUGGGGAGAUUCGAGAACGGGCUCUGUAAUWAAAAGGGCUCUGGUGAGCCACGUGYAGCCACCCAUCCUGGUGAAACAUCACCGUUUCAGUGCAUCCGGAGGAACCAGAGCAGCUCGCUGCACAUUCUGCUCUUCAGUGUUCACCCAGACCAGGCUAAAUGGUUCUUUACCUCCUUUUUUUCCAAUUUUGUUGUAUACUUGAGUAUAUAAUAUAUAGAUUUAUAUAAAAUAUUACUAUGUAUAUAACAUGUAUAACAUGUAACACGUGAGUGUGGGGCUGUGACAGUGAGGGSUUUGGGGGUGGAAGGGUGACACUGCUGUGUUUAAGGUGCUUUUAGGGACUCAAACACCUUAGAAGCAGGGUCCCUCAGCUCAGCCACAGGAAGUGUCUGCAGAGCACAGAGCUCCCCAAGGCUCCGUGGUUUUUAUUAUCUGUUAAGCCAAGCUUCCAGCUGGUCUGGGCCAGCGCAACCCUCUCAUCCUUGGCAGUGCCAGGGCUGGCGUUUGUGUCAGGAAUGAAAUGCCUGCUGGCUCGGUAUGCAUGCGUUGAAUCUUCCCUAUACAAAAUGCCUCUACAGGGAAGAAAAACUUGUCACUGUUUCUGGCUCUGUAAUUUCCAGAAGCACAGGAAAAUUUUUAUUGCUGUUACAGUUGCAGGUGUCCAGCUCAGCUUCUGCCCGGUUCAGCGCUGGGCACGAGUCUCAGGAGAGGGUCUUCUCUAACCACAGCCUUCCCUGGGGGCCUAGAGUUGGUAAAAGAGGGAAAUUGGGUGAAAAAUGUUAAUUUUCCCCCUGCUUGAGCAGCAGGGCAGCGCGGUGUCAGUUCUGYAAGGGCUGCAGGGACGCUGUGCUCACUCAGCUGGGAGGGAACAGGCCUGGGAGCUGCCGUGGGUUAAACCAGCCCAGCAGAAGCGAGCGGUUCUCAGAGCUGUCAGGUUUUUACGGUCUGGUUUGUCAUUCAGCAGCACGAUSGUGCUGGUGGCAGCAGGAUGUGGCUGUUUCCCUGCAGCCCARCCCCGCGCCGGGGUUGCCAUGGGGGGCUGGGGGGGCUCAGGCAGCGCUGGCYGGCUGUGCCACUUCAGGUGGGCUGUGUCACCUCUGCUGCCCAAGUGUGGGGUGUCUGCACCCCUUGGGGACACCAGAAGCUGUUUUUUGGGUGUUUUUUUGGGCGAGUGCUGCAGCUUGGGGCUGCACGCCCGGCUGCAGCAGCAGCUGUGACCGAGCACGGCGACCGGCUCUGACAACGCACCGGAGCCUUUGUCUCGGCUCUUUCCUCGCCGAGCCCCGGUGCCGCCGGGCAGGGACGGCCGCGGCCGCGCUCUCCAGCCCCCGGUGGCUGUUUAAUGAUCACCGAGCUCCCGCUCCGCGGAGGUUUCCCGGCGCGGGGGAGGCACCGCAGCCAUGGCCGCCCGCCCGCACUGCGGCCCCGCAGCCCCGGCCCCCGGCAGCUCUUCCCGGGAAGAGGAAGGAAGGGGAAGAAGCGCAGGGUGCGGUGAGUGAGCAGCACGGAGCCGGGGGUGCAGGCAGCUCSCUCGGGGAGGGAUGGGUGACCUGAGCUGGAGCGCUGCAGUACCAGCUCCUUUCCCAGGGUCUGCAUGAAGAUGGCUCCUGUACCGGUUUAAACGAAUUAAUAAAAACAGAUAAACGCGACCUUUGUCCGCAGGAGGUGCCUGUGUGAGCAGCGGAGGGAAGUCCUGCUUGACCCCG